AUGUCCUUUAACGAAUUAGUCCACCCAAAGGUGUUGGCACCGGCCUCUGGUGAUAUCGUUCUGCCUCCAGGGUUUGGAGGUGGGCCAAGCACAGGGUCUACGAAAUCCAAAAAAGCCGAACCGGUCAAGAAGCCUUCGGAAACCGAAAUGGAUCAACUCAAGGUCAAGAAAGCUUGGGAAAUAGCCACCAGCCCCGCCAAAAGCAUCCCCAUGAACUUGAUCAUGAGUUAUAUGACAGGAAACUCUUUACAGAUGAUCCCUAUAAUGAUGACUUUGAUGCUCUUAUGGAAUCCUAUAAGGGCCAUUUUCACUGAGACAGGUGCUGCAUUCCAAGACUUAACAAACGACCGAAUUGCCAACGAAUUGCUUUUGCCUAAGGUUGUUUUCAUUCUAUGUCAUUUGGCCAACACGGGAAUUGGCGUGUGGAAGUUAAAUAAGAUGGGUUUAGUACCCAAUAGCGAGGCUGAUUGGUUGGCCUGGAAGGAUGCAGUCAAGGUAGUGGAACGGUUAGUGUAUUCCGGCAAUUAA